GCCUUGCCAGCUGAAAUCAACUUUACUAUUGUUCAACACUUUCCUACUGUCAAAGCUUCACUGUUCAAAGCUCUCUCUCUCUCUCUCUCUCUCUCAAUCUGUACAACUCCAUUGUUUCUCUUAGGGUUUCACUGCCUCAAUUGAUUUUCUGGUGAAGAAAGGUAAGCACUAACAUACCCAUCUUUCAAUUUCCAACGGUCACUUUUUUUCUUUCAGCUUUUGGGAGAUGUUAGCUUUGUUUUUGCUCAUUUUACUCCUCUUUAAUUCUCAAGCUCUAGUGGGUUCUUUGAAUGAUGAAGGGUUUGCUCUUCUGUCAUUUAAACAGUCCAUUAGAGAAGACCCAGAAGGGUCUCUCAACAAUUGGAACUAUUCUGAUCAAAACCCUUGUUCUUGGAAUGGUGUGACUUGCAAAGAACAAAGAGUUGUCUCUGUUAGCAUUCCAAAGAAGAAACUCUAUGGGUUUCUCUCUUCUUCUCUUGGAUCUCUCUCUGACCUUAGACAUGUCAAUCUAAGGAACAACAAGUUCUUUGGAAGCUUACCUGUUGAGCUCUUUAGAGCUCUAGGGCUACAGAGUUUGGUCAUUUAUGGAAAUUCCUUAUCUGGGUCUAUCCCUUCUGAGAUUGGGAAGCUCAAAUUUCUUCAAAACUUAGAUUUAUCACAAAAUUUCUUCAAUGGGUCAUUACCCACAUCAUUGAUUCAGUGCAAGAGAUUGAGAACCCUUGAUCUCAGUCAAAACAAUUUCACUGGUUCUUUGAUUGGUGGGUUUGGGACUAAUUUGGUUUCCCUUGAAAAACUAAACCUUCGUUUCAACAAAUUCAGUGGUCCAAUUCCUAGUGACUUGGGAUUGUUGGCUAAUUUGCAAGGUACUGUUGAUUUGUCUCACAAUCUGUUUAGUGGUUCAAUCCCAGCUAGCCUUGGUGACCUUCCUGAGAAAGUCUAUAUUGAUCUCACAUAUAACAAUCUAAGUGGGCCAAUACCGCAAACCGGUGCUCUUAUGAACAGAGGACCAACGGCUUUUAUAGGAAAUCCCGGUCUUUGUGGCCCUCCCUUGAAAAAUCCAUGUUCAGAGGGUGCAAGUUCGCCUUCCUCGUACCCUUUCUUGCCAGGUAACAACUCCCUGCAAAAUACCAGUUCCUGUGAUGUGCCCAGUGGGAGUGGAAGAGGGCUAAGUAAAAGUGCCAUAAUUGUGAUUGUUGUAAGCGAUGUCGUUGGAAUUUGCCUUCUUGGGCUUCUCUUCUCAUAUUGUUACUCGAGAGUUUGUCCCUGUAGCAAGAGAAAGGAUGAGAACGGUUAUAUUUUUGAGAAGGGAGGGAAAGGAAGGAAAGACUGUCUAUGCUUCACAAUAGAUGAAUCUGAGACUUUAUCAGAAAAUGUGGAGCAGUAUGAUCUCGUACCAUUGGAUACGCAGGUCGGUUUUGAUCUAGACGAGCUUCUGAAAGCAUCAGCUUUUGUGCUAGGGGGAAAGAGCGGGAUUGGGAUUGUUUAUAAAGUUGUGCUUGAAGAUGGGCUUACCUUGGCGGUUAGAAGAUUGGGAGAAGGAGGCUCUCAGCGGUUGAAAGAGUUUCAGACAGAAGUGGAAGCAAUUGGGAAGCUAAGGCAUCCCAAUAUUGUAACAAUUAGAGCCUAUUAUUGGUCGGUUGAUGAGAAGCUUCUCAUCUAUGAUUACAUACCUAAUGGAAACCUUGCAACCGCAAUUCAUGGGAAGGCUGGAAUGGUAUCCUUCACACCUCUGCCAUGGUCUGUUCGUCUGAAAAUAAUAAAAGGAAUAGCUAAAGGUUUGGUUUAUCUACACGAGUACAGUCCAAAAAAGUAUGUCCAUGGAGACUUGAAGCCGAGUAAUAUACUACUUGGAGCAAACAUGGAGCCCAAAAUCUCCGACUUUGGGCUUGGACGCCUUGCUAACAUAGCCGGAGGAACCCCAACCCUGCAAUCUAGUCGAGUGGCUUCUGAGAAAUGUCUUCAAAGGCAACCAAGCAACUCCCCAUCAGAAGUUGCAACAGUCAAUUCAGCUGCAAGCUUUGGAUGCUAUUAUCAAGCCCCCGAGGCACUACAAGUGGUGAAGCCAUCGCAAAAAUGGGAUGUUUACUCGUAUGGGGUGAUCUUACUAGAAAUGAUCACUGGAAGAUUGCCAGUAGUCCAAGUGGGUAACGCAGAAAUGGAUUUGGUUAGCUGGAUUCAGCUUUGCAUCGAAGAAAAAAAGCCACUCGGAGAUGUUUUGGAUCCAUACUUGGCGGAUGAUGCAGAUAAGGAGGAUGAGAUUAUUGCAGUUUUGAAGAUUGCAAUGGCAUGCAUACAGAGCAGCCCCGAAAGGAGACCGACAAUGAGGCAUAUCUCUGAUGCUUUGGAAAGACUCGAUUGAAAAGUGAAAUAUUAGUCAUCGAUUAAGUGUAGAGUUGUGUUUGAUCUGCUCGGAGGGCUCUACAAAAUGAAUUAAUUGGAAUUUUCAGUGGAAAUACGAGCACGGUGAAGCGGUGAGGGAAGGUGUAAGGAUUUCAUUUAGUUAGGAUCCUCUGUUCUCAGUUGGAGGAAGGGUAGGUGAAGACAGAUCUGCUAUAAGAGCAUGCUGUGAGGAAUUAACUGUUUUAUUUGUUGUUGUGUAAAUUUGUUGUUUGGUGGUAGAGAUGAGGAAGAAUUGUCUUCUUCUUGCUCUUAUUGCUGACCCUUUGUUUGUUGGUUCCCUUGGCUUAUUAUGACAAUUGUUGGUCUGUUGUUCCAUA